CAUUGGUGAUAUUUUUAUACAUAUUUGCAGAAACAAGAUGGUGAGGGUAAUAUCUCAAGAAACGUUCGAUGCUGCAGUUUUAGAAAAUGUGGUAGAAUUUGACAUGACAUUAGAAGAAGCAAUUAGAGAGGCUGAAAGUGAAUUUUCUGCUAUGGAUGUUCGAACGGAUGUAGUAAAAAACCUCACCCUUAGUGAAGAUAAAAAAAGAAUUGUGCAUGCUGUUGUAAAAGCAUUAGAAGAAAUUCGCUCAGAACUAGAGUUACUAUCGUCUGGAAGCAAACUUCAAGAGCAUCUAGCCACUGUUAGAGCUCAGUGCAAACUUUCAGUGGCUCACAGAAUCCUUGCUAACCAGCAUAAUGGAUAUGAUACACUACUGUCUCUUAUGAAGAAAGUCCAGGAUGACCCAGAACUGUUAGAGCAGACCUUAAGGGCGAUGGUUGCUUUGACAGAAACAAAUCCUGAUAUUUUGACUCCAGAAGGAACAGAGUUGAUGCUUCAGCUCAUCAAUGACUGGAAAUCAAGAACAAAUGAGCCUGCUGUUGCAGAGUAUUUGGCUCGUUGGUCAACUGAAUGUUGCUUGAAACAUGAAGACAACCGUCAGAAUAUGGUAGCAGCUGGCUCACUGGAGUCUCUUACGGCAUUACUUCAAGCACAAAAAUCAUGUUCUAAGGUAGUGAGAGCAGCUUCUAAAGCUUUAAGAGCAUUUACUCUGGAUGAUGACAUCCGACAAGAGUUUAGCAAAGCUCAUGAACAUGCCAGGCUAUUAGUUGAAGAUCAUGACCUUAUUACAGUCUGCCUAGAAAUUUUAAAAGAUUAUCUGAAUGAAAGUGACACAGCAAGCGAGUUGUUAUCUACUGUAAGUAAGCUAUGUGUGAGAGCAGAAUACUGUCAACUUGCUGUCGACAAAGGCGCUUUGGUUGUUAUCAAUGAUGUUUUGGUGUCCUUCCCUGACCAUGCGGUACUUAACAAACAGGCAAUGUUCCUGUUGAAAAAUAUGGUUGGCAAUGAUAAAGUAAAGGUUGAGGCUAUGCAGACUGGUGCACCCUUACUAAUCAUAGCAGCACUUGAUAAACAUCAGACUGUUCCUGGAUUGUGUGAAGCUGGGAUCAGUGCUUUGUCUAUGCUUGCUCUGAGAGUUCCUGCCCAUGCCAAGUCAUUAGUGCAGACUGGUGCUGCAGAUGCUAUAAUACAAGCAAUGAAAAUUCACACAAAGGAAAAGCAGCUGCAGAAACUUGGUUGUAUGGCCAUCCGUAACAUGGUUGCCCGUGUUCCAGAGAACCAGCAGCCCUUUUUAGAAAUAGGUGCAGAGAAUCUAAUAAAACAGGCCAUUGAAAUACAUGGCCAGUCCAUGAAAGAUGUUGCUCAAGCUGCUCUUAGAGACUUGGGUGCUGAUGUAAAGUUGCAAGAGCAAUGGAAGGGUACAGGCCAUGAGAUUCACCGAUAGAGGAUUGUAACAAACUGUUUUGGCAAAAUUUCUUUUAUUUGUUCCAUCACCUGGUGACAAGCAUAAACUUAGAUGACCAAUGAUUGCAAGAGGUUGCAUGUCAAUUAAUAUCUUUAGAAAGCAAAACCAAAAAUUUGUAACAGGCAUUUGCUGGAUCAGUGAAUUUAUUUUUUCUUAUCAAUUGAAAGAUACUGUAAAGGACCUCAACAUUACCCAAACUCUAAAUAUAUUAGUUUUUUAGUGAGUGAUGUUUAAAUAAAUCAACUACAGUAAUCCAUGUCAGUCCUCAAUAGUCAAGGUUAUGCCUUGAUGUGCAUGUUUCAGUUUAAAGUAGUGUUGUAAAAAAUAUUUUCCUCAGUACAAUAUAUAGGCUUAUUAUUUGUGUAAGUAGUUUAAAAUGCCAAAAGUUGAAUUUGAAUUCAGGGAAUUUUGAUGAAUUACUGUUCAGGUGUCCUGCCAAAAUUAAUUUACUUUGGUGAAUUUUGUGAUGGAAUCACCAAUCUGAGAACUGAUCAUUAUAUGACUUUUGGAAAACAUUGUUUGUACUAGAUGUAACAAUUUAAUGAAUUUGUUUCAUAAUUUAGUAGAAUCACAUUGUUUUUAUAAAGUUAAACUUUACAUGACAUUUAUCUGGUUAAUUCUUUUAUGCUAUAAAUAUUUAUAGUAUAUCAUUUACAGUAUUUACUCUGUACAUGAUGUUUAUACGAUUAAUUUUUUUAUUUGAUACAUAUAUUUCUCAUUUACAGUAAUACUAUUAAAAGCAGUAAAUUCUUGGGCCUUGUAAGCUAAUUCAUUAAAGUUCAAGUCUUACAUAUUGAACUCUCUUAGUAUUGGUGUAAAUGAAUUUUUGGGAAAAUAUUGAGGAAAGCGUAUUCCUUGCAGUUGAUGGUUAUCUGCUUUAUAUGAUUGCAACUAAUAUUUGCCUGAAGUUUAAAACUGUGCUGGGGAAUGUGCUUUUUAUGGUAACUUGAAGCUAUUGGGUCCUGUCAAAUAAAGAUGUAUUUCAGAUGAGUUUUUCCACCCACAUUGUUUUCAUUACAUUUCCACAAUAGUUAUAUUUUGUAGACUGUAGUAGUAGAUAAGACACAAAAAAGGUAGCAUUUACUAUCCAAGAUAUAUCUUUUCCAAAACUUUACUUUGGUUGUGUGGAAAUACACACAUUACACCUUUAAACACAGACUGACUGAUUUAUAACAAAGUAGUGUCACAACAUUACUGUACACGCUGAAAGCAGCAUUUACUUAUUUUGCUAAUUUUAUACUUUUCUGGUAUAGUUUCUCAUAAUAGGAAGAUUAUUAUAUAGUAAACAUAUAUAGCUUUACUUAAUGUACUGUAACAGUAUUUAACUAAUUCUUAGUAAAGAAUAAAUUUUCACUAAUUUUUAA